UUGAAAUUACACCCGCUGUUUUUUCAAGUCGCCCCCCUAAUUAGAAAGCACAACAACUCUUUUCAUUAUCGCUCCAGCGUCCGGUAUGAACGGCUCGCGAAACAAAGCGGCACCGGCGGUCAGCAAAGGGCAGACGGACGCAGACACCGGCUCGGAGACGAACCACAGGGAGCGAAAGACCGGAGGAGGAAUGCUGAAGAAGCUGAAGUCGAGGCGCAGUCAGACGGAGAAGUGGCCCGUGGUCACAGAGGAUGAACUCCGGGCUCUGGGCAGAGACAUUACCCCGGACCAUGUCCUGGGUCUCCGGGUAGUCACGGAGGACUAUCUGUGCAAACCUGAAGACAAUAUCUACAACAUUGACUUCACACGUUUCAAAAUCAGAGAUCUGGAGACGGGAACGGUGCUGUUUGAGAUUGCCAAACCUCCUAACAGCGGUCCUGUGGAGGGUGAAGAGGAGAUCGGAGAUGUAGACACCAGUGCGGGGCGUUUCGUGCGAUAUCAGUUUACACCAGCCUUCUUGAAACUGUGCACCGUUGGUGCAACUGUGGAGUUCACCGUGGGCGACCGGCCCAUUAACAGCUUCCGUAUGAUUGAGAGGCAUUACUUCCAGGGACGCCUUCUCAAGAACUUUGACUUUGACUUUGGUUUUUGCAUUCCCAACAGCCGCAACACAUGCGAACACAUUUAUGAAUUUCCACAGCUUCCAGAUGACCUCAUCCGCCAAAUGGUUGCGCACCCUUACGAGACCAGAUCAGACAGUUUCUACUUUGUGGACAACAAACUCAUCAUGCACAACAAGGCAGACUAUGCCUACAAUGGUGGUCUGUAACACCAGAAGGUAAAAAAAUGUUUGCAAUACUUCCCCAGGGGAUUGAUUUCCUGGAUUACAACCACCCAAAAGCUUCUUUUGGACGGGGCAGAAGCAUUCAGUCCUUCGUGGACAUUCCCCUGAACGUGACAGCAUUCUUCAAAACCACCAGACCACAUCUGCCUUCACAUGAAAUCAUGGAUCCAUUCAUCAGUACCUCACAGAGCUCAGUUUUCUGGGACUCUGAGGAACGUUCCGCUAAAUGUUUCUCUGUUAAAUUGGACUGAAACCUUUUUGUUCUCUCUUUGGGUUUGUCAUACAAGUAUCAUGUUACUGCUUGAACACUGUUGCCUUAAGUUUCUUGCCGUCUCUGCUGGAAAGGGACACUUUGAGUCACAGACCUCUGAUAGACUGUGUUAGUUGUAACUUCAUUUUCUUUAGCAUAAAGCUGUUAUCAGUGGAUUAUUUGAGCUAUCUUUCAAAAGUGACAACUGUGUUUCCCGUAUGGAGAAGCGAGCGUUGACUAGAUGUUUUACAGUAUUGUUAGUCGUAGAUGAUCGUGUAGCACUAGUUGGCAUUGUUUGAGUUUCAUUAUUGCUUCAAUAUUCAAUAUCAGUUGAGAGUUUUUGGGAUAGUUUUUUGUCGGAUAUUUAAGCUUGGUGUCAGUUUCAUGAGGAACAUUGAGCUGACCGAUCUUAUGUUUAGUAGGAUAUUUUUCUGAUUGAAGAAAGAGCUCUUGUCAUGAUGCCAGGUCUCAUGUAUCCCUGCUAAUAUCUAACAUAUUUUUCACAGCAGUUUUUACGACAUCAGUUGCUGUUAACAGCAAAUUAAGUGUUUGUUCAAACUCCGUAACCUCCACUCACAUCGGGAUACAUGAAAAGGACAUGAUAGCAGCAGAAUCUGAGUUACAGGACGAAUUUAUAUGCCAUCCAUUUCUAAAACGGCCUUGUCUCCCUGCUUUAUCCACUCCAGUCUGUCCUCUUGGUUUAUUUGGCACAGCAGCACUGUGAAUCCCAUUCUUUAGGAGCCAUGCUUGUCCAGCAGCGGGGUAUACCUAUCAAAGUGGCCACUGAGUGUCUCUUCUCCUCUCAGGUUCUCAGUCUAACAAUGAAAUAGUAGCACAUGACAUGAACAGUACAGAGUGAUGUAUCGUGGUAGAUGAUGUAAUUUCGCACAACAGCCCUGCAAUUAAUGCCACCGUAUUUCAGCUUGCAUUGCAUAUUUUCGAUGACACUAUCAUAAAGGUUGGUUUGAUUACGUUGUCAUUAAAGAGGCUGUGGUGCUGUUGAUUUGUACUUCACGCACUGAAAGGUGUUCCUAAAAGGUUUGGAUGUCUGCAAGUUGAUUGAACACACCAACAAUAAGGAGUCUGAAAAUAGUCCCCUCUUGCUGCCACGCCAUUUCCAGCAUAAAUAUCCACUGUGAUUAGCUACUUCCAUUUCUCUGAUUUUCCAUAUUGUGCAGACAUGAAUGGAAAUCAGCAGCUACCUGAAAGGCAGGAGAGAACUCUGAGACCUUGUAAAUGGUCGGCACUUCUCAAAGACUAUUAUGUAAUGCCUUUAAAUCAAGCAAAACCACCAGGACAUUCUGGAAGUCGUUUUCAGUGCACAGAUCAUCUUUUCACCGUACAUUGUAACAUUGAUUCAGUGUGCCUUAUGUCCAGGUAUUCAUUGUCCGGUUGUUGUUUUUAAAUGUAAGGACUUAAUGCAUCAUCCACCUGUGAGGUAAACACUGCAAUAAGCUGAAGGGAAGAGCAAUUCACUCCUACAUCUUGCGGUACUGCCUCGUGGGCAACGGGUAUAAUACAACAUGUGUUGAGUCAUUUCAUAUUAUGUACUUUAAUUUUAUAAAAUUCUGCAUUUUGCCGCUUGAA